CGCAGAUCCGUGGAUGACGUUUUUUGACGAAUUUAGUCGGAACCAGACGUUUGGGUAAAUAGAAACGUCGUGAUCACACAGGUGGUUGUAGUGACCAGUGGCAGUGACAAUGCCGAUUGCCGAGUCUAGACUCGAAAUUCUCCAGGUACAUAAACUUUUGCAAUGUGUCCGACACGAGGACAAGGAACAAAUCGAGAAACUCUGUUCCAAUGGUGUUCCACACUUAGUAAAUUAUAGCGAACCCACAAAUGGAGAGACGGCCUUGCAUUUGGCGGCGAUCAAUAACAACGAAGACAUGGUGCGUUAUUUGCUAGAUUUGGGAGCUCAUCCUAAUGUAGUGGAUUUGAAAGGUCGAACUGCAGCCAUGAAGGCGACAGAAUAUGGACACGUACAGACUCUAGAAGUACUUGCAACUAGUGGUUCUGAUAUGAAAUUAAGAGACACGGAAGGCAAAGAUAUAUUGUUUUACUGUUUGACGCCCACCAGUAGGCAUAGUAAAUGUGCUAGUAUUGUCUUGGAAUGUGGAGCUGAUAGCAACAAUAAGAACAUUAAUGGUGACCCAGUAUUUCUAGUUGCUUGUGAAACUGCUGCUGAAAACGAAAACAUAUGUUUAUCACUGUUGGAGAAGGGAGCCGAUGCAAACAGUAAAAAUAUG